AUGAGAGCAUACUGGUACGACAACCUCCCCGGCGACCAACGCCUCCCCCACGACUCAGGCCGCACCGUGGACCCCACCUACCUCACCAACCUCGGAAUCCUGCACUACGAGCUGCCCAACGACCUCGACACCGUCAACCGCAUCGCGGCCGAGCGCGCCUACAAGAACCGCGACGAGAUUGAAAUCUCCCCCUCCACGCUGCCCGGGUACGAGGAGAAGGUGAAGAACUUCUUCGCCGAGCACCUGCACGAGGACGAGGAGAUCCGGUAUAUCCUUGCGGGCGGCGGGUAUUUUGACGUGCGGGGCAAGGAGGACGAUUGGGUGCGCAUCCGGUUGGAGCAGGGGGAUUUGAUGAUUAUGCCUGCGGGGAUCUAUCAUCGGUUUACUACUGAUGAGCAGAAUUAUACGAAGGCCAUUCGCUUGUUCAAGGAUGAGCCGAAAUGGACGCCUAUCAAGCGUGGAGAGGAGAGCGAUGUCAACGAGCAUCGCGUGGAGUACUUGAAGGCGCGGGAUAGUGUUUCGGCGAGCGCGUAA